UUCAGCUCGCUGGGUAAACAUGCCUGCAAGUGUGAAAGACAGACGUAGUCAUUUAACAAACAGUCUCAGUUCUCGAACAGCUGAAUGCAGCUGGUUGUGAUCAUCGGAAUCCGGAUGUGAUGAAAAUGUUUCAGCUCAAAGUUUCUCCAGCAGCAGCUGCAGCGGCUCGAGGGCGCGCGGGAGUCUCGAGCACAAACUCGUUACUCAGCGUCUGCUUGACAGGGAUUUUUGCACUAUUUUUGGGAGCAAUCUGAUAGUUUUUACAAAGUUUUGAUCCUAAACGGGCUAUUAAGGAAACAUUUUCUAACGGGACAUCGUUUUGCCUGAAGAAAGGAUGGGAAUAAAGGCGUUUGGGAGUUAACAUGUUUGAAAGGUUUGAAGGCUGAUUGCUUUGGAGGAUUGUUGUUUUGGGUGUGUUUAGUAUCUAAAUAUCCGGCUCAUGUCCUCGGAGACUAUUUUACCUCCGGAGGGGCCUGAAGGGCCAAAGAAGCAGCUACAAGAGGAGACGAACCCACUUCUGUCCAAAUCAACCGAUAAAUGCAACACCUGCACUGAUGAAUCCUCAGAUGCUACAGAAACAUCCCAAACUCCGAUACCAGGAGAUGCCUCUUCAGACGGGCAAGAUCACAUGAGCGAGAACCACACCCAUGAUGAUCUUGUUAGAACUCAACCUCAGCCUCUGCCCCGGCUAGCAACAUCCCAGCAGCAUGGCAUCGACGGAGAGGCUGGCAGGCAGCAGAACAGCCUGCACACAGUGCUAAGUAACGGCCACGGCACGCCCCGCGGGGUCACGCAGACACCCUCCACCAGCCCCACCUCCGAGUCCAGGAAGCACCCGUCGCCCGUCUCGCACCGCAUGCAGAGAAAGCUUCGCUCUAGCCUGUCGGUCAACAGCGACAACAGCAGAAGGAGCAAAAGCAGCUCGACUGGUUCCAAUAAACCUGGCUCAACUCCAGAGGACUGCUGUGUCCACUGCAUCCUGGCCUGCCUGUUUUGUGAAUUUCUCACUCUGUGCAAUAUGGUGGUGGCUCAGGCAUCGUGUGGCAUCUGCACAUCAGAAGCCUGUUGCUGCUGCUGCUGCGCAGACGACCUGGGAGAUGACUGCAACUGCCCCUGUGACAUGGACUGUGGCAUUAUGGAUGCGUGCUGUGAGUCCUCGGACUGCCUGGAGAUCUGCAUGGAGUGCUGCGGAAUCUGUUUUCCAACAUAAAAGCCCUGAUGCAUGCAGGCCACAGCCAGGACAGAUGUUGAGAGAGAAAGAGAGUGUGUCUUUGUAUGUGUGAAUGAGAGCUAUGGCGUGUGUUCUUUUCACACUUGUGAGAAAUUUGUUCCUGAGCUCAGGAUGACCAAAAAGGUCAUAAGAAAGGACUAAAAUACAUUACGUACUUCACAUAUCCUCAUAAACGAAAAGUGCAUAGACAUAGUUAUUCAGCGCUUUAUAUUCAAUACUUUCAUGUAUCAGAGCUUGUUCUAUUUACUGUUUGUACAUCUCUUUGCAGAGGUUUUUAUCAUUUGUUUUUUAAAGACACUUCACACUUUAUAAUUUUAAAAACUUGCAGAUGUUGAAAUUAAAAGAGUAGACGUCACACAA